AUGAAGUGCGACGCCGUGAUCGAAAAAAUUAAGGCCCGCGUUGCCGCGAUCGACCCAAACGGACCUCGUAAGGUUCUCGGAGUGUUUCAGCUGAACAUCGAAGCCGCCGAUGGUGUCCACGAAAUCGUCGUCGAUCUGAAGGCCCUUACCGUCUCCGAAGGGAAGGCGGCUUCACCGGAUGUGGUCAUAAACCUGAAGGACGAAGACUUUAUCGCUAUCGGAACGAAGCAGGUGCCGGUCAAGGAUGCUGUCGCCCAGGGCAAAGUGAAGAUGACCGGAGACCAGAACCUUUUCCAGGCGCUGGUUGAUGCGAUCUAA